AUGCAGUACUGGGGAGAACGGGUCACGGAGUGGGCCAGAGUCUCCGGUGGGGCGAUGGGUGCUUGGGUCAACCGAAUGAGGCAGACAGCAGCCAGCCAGGCCAGGCGAAGUGCCGGCUCUCCCUCGAUUCUGGACCCCAUGGGUGAUGUCUACUACUACUGGCUGGUUAUCGCCAGUGUCCCUAUCGUCUACAACUGGACUGCGCUGGUUGCUAGGUGCAGCUUCAGUGAUCUCCAGUGCAGGUACCUGUCCAGCUGGCUGGCUCUGGAUUACCUGUCUGACUUCAUCUACCUGCUCAACGUGGUCAUCAGGCUUAACACAGGUCACCUGGAGCAGGGAGUGCUGGUGACGGACCGCCGGGGCAUCGCUCGCAGGUAUCUGCACUCGUCGGCCUUCCGCCUGGACGCUGUCUCUCUGCUGCCCACCGACCUACUGGCCUUGUGGCUCGGCCUCUGCUCGCCUGCCGUCCGCCUCAACCGGCUGGUGCAGCUGCCGCGGCUGCUGGAGCUGCUGGAACGGGCCGAGACUCGCACGUCUCGCCCCAACGCGCUGCGCGUCGGCCGGGUGAUGGGUCUCCUGGUCCUGGCCAUCCACUGGAACGCCUGCGCCUACUUCUCCCUGUCCGCUCGCCUGGGCUUCGGCACCGACGACUGGGUCUACCCGAACAUGUCGACGCCCGGGGGCGACCCCCGCCUCGCUCACCAGUACCUGUACAGCGUCCACUUCGCCACGCUGGUCCUCACCACCAUGGGCAGCAGCCCGCAGCCCAGCAGCGAGGCGGGGUACCUGUUCAUGGUGGGCGACCUGCUCAUCGCCGUGCUCACCUUCGCCGGCAUCGUGGGCAGCGUCGAGUCCACCGUCAGCGAGAUGCAGCGGGCGAAACGCGGCUGCUUCCCGGACCACCGCCGGGUGCGCGACUACCUGCGCAGGGAGGCCGUGAACCCGGCCCUGGCCCAGAGGGUCAGCCGCUGGGCCGAGCACCUCCGGCUCCACGCCAAGCGCACGGACGAGGAGCAGGUGCUGCGGGUGCUGCCCGGCCGGCUGCGGGCGCUGCUGGCGGCCGACGUCCACCUGCGGGCGCUGGACAAGGUGCGGUUGUUCAGCAGCUGCGAGGCGGGUCUCCUCCGGCAGCUGGUGGCGCGGCUCCGGCUGCAGGUGUUUAGCCCCGGGGACCUGGUGUGCCGCCGGGGCGAGGUGGGCCGGGAGAUGUACAUCGUGCAGGAGGGCCGGCUUGCCGUGUUGGCCCAGGACGGGCGAACCGAGCUGGCGAGGCUGCAGGACGGCAGUUACUUCGGAGAGAUCAGCAUCCUCAACGUCCCGGGGAAUAAGUCUGGGAACCGGAGGACGGCAAGCAUCCGUAGCCUUGGGUACUCGGACCUGUUUGUUCUGGGGAAGGGUGAGCUGGCUGAGGUGCUGCUGGAGUUCCCUGAGGCAAGGAGGGCGCUGGAGGACAGGGGCCGGGAGAUGCUGCAGAAGAUGGGGAUGUUGGAGGAGGGGGCAGCCCAGGAGGACGGGGGCCCGGACCAGCUGCUGAGGAAGGCCGGACGCCUGGAGACUGCACUGGACUUGCUGCAUACGCGACUUGCUCGGCUGAUGGCGGAGCACCAUUCCAGCCUCCGCAAGAUGAACGUCCGGCUCAGUCAGCUGGAGGGCAAACUGAACAGGUGGGGGGCAGACCCAGGCCAGGCUGAGGCCCAACAGCAGGCUCUGUCCCAGAGCCACAUACAGGUCCAGGCCCAGCUCCAUGACCAAACCCAGGCACUGCCCCACACCAGUCUGCUGCUGGAGAAGGGAGGGGAGGGCCCAGCCCACAAGCAGCCUCAGUCCCAGGCUCCAUCCCAGAGCCAGGCCCAGGACCAGGUCCAGACAGAGGCCUUGUCCUGCACCAAUGGACUGCCAGAGAAUGGAGGGGAGGGCCAAGUCGCAGUCCCAGCCCCAGGCCCAGGCCUAGGCCCCAGUCCACGGGCACGUACAGGCCCGGACACAAACCCUGCUGGAGACCAGGCCCCAGGAUCAAGUCCAUUCCCAAGCCCAUGA